AUGAGUGCGAACAAGGAGGCGGUGAUUUCAGAGAAGGAGCUGUCGUGCAAGUUUGGGCAGGAGGUGCUGGUGGGCUACUCGGAGGCCAUGCACCCCAGCAGCUUCCCCACCUUUGACGGCUUCGUGGCAGCUGUCCAGAAGGAGUGGGAUGCCCAGUGGAGCCGCGUCUACUCAGCCGACUGGUCCACGGCGGCCCCCAUAACGGUGGAUGAGAUAAACAACCGCGAGUACCCCUGGUCCAUCAAACUGGCGCAGGUGUUUGUGACGGGGGGCAUCGUCCUCUUCUUCUUCGCCGUUCUGUAUUGGUCCAGCCUCUCUUGGGCUGCCUUCCUCUCCCUCUUUGGCCGCUACCAGGCUGUGGUGUCGGCAGUGCUGUCAGUGUGGGCGUCGGUAUCUCUCUUGCUGGCUUUCAGGAGAGUGCGCCUGCCGCUCACGACAGCCACCACCAGCAGCGGCCCCAGCAAGAGCAUUGCCAAUGGCGUCCAGUGA